AUGAAUACAAUGGGGAUGAAUUGCACUAAUAAAGAGGAUUGUGCUGAAGAUGAACUUUGCGCAUAUAAACAAAAUAGUUAUACAUGUCAAUUAUGGAACUUGGUAGGAAAUGAUUCAUGGAUUAUAAGUGGAGGAACUCAAGUUUGGUAUCCACCAGAAAACGAAAAAACGGUAUCUCAAAAAUGUGAAUCCCCUCCAUUACCAUCAAAUUUGGAUAAAUUUUAUGGAAAUUGUCAAGAUAAUCUUUUUUGUGAUGGUGUGUGUAUGCAAAAACUUCAUGCGGGAACAAAAUGUGUUUCAAAUUUCCAAUGCAUCGAAAAUGCAAGAUGUGAAGAUAAAGUUUGUACUUCGAAUAGUUCUUUUUCCUCAAAAACGACUAUCAUAGUUGUUAUAUCACUAUUGUUGCUGAUAGCUAUAUCGUUAGUAGUUAUAACAUGUUUAAUAAGAAGGAAAAAAGUAGAAAAUCGAUUAUCAAGAAAAUUAAGUAAUAAUUUCGAAGAUCCUUCCUCUCAACGAUUAAGCAGCGCGCGUUAUUCAUCAACAAAUCAAUCUUUAGCCAUCACCAUAAACGGUGAUCUCAUAGAAAAUGGUCCAUACUACGGUGAUAAUAGUGAUCUAAGAAGAUAUAGACUCGAUUCAUUUAUGAGCCAUAUUUUCAAUUCAUCAAGUCGACGUCUUUCCUCUAAUGACAUGAAUCAAUCCACCAUUUUAUUUGAAGAUGAAUUUUAUGAUAGUCCUCCUCCUGCUUACAUUUCUUAA